AGGGCUAGCGGAUAUUGCAACAAUACAGGGGCUGCGAUGCGAAUACAUCUCGUUAUCCUCCAGCCGAGCUCUGGAGCUCACCAAAAGUCCAAAACCCAGAACCCUCGCGGCGCCGCCGCUCGCCGUCGGCGACUCGCCACCGUUCAUCCCGCCUCCCCAAUUCGCAGCCCGGAAAUGGCGACCGCCUCUCUAUUCUCCCUCCCGUCGCUCCGUGCCCUCUCCCGCACCUCCGCCCGGUGCUCCCGGUUCCAGACCCUCGCCGCUAGGAAGCCAGUGGAGUCCUCCUCCUCCACCGCCACCAGCGGCAGCCGCAGAAGCGGAGGCAAGGGGGGCGGGCUUCUGUCGGUGCUGGACCGCGCGCUGGCAGACGAGGAGGAGUAUCGGCGCGCGCGCGCCCAGGUGCAGCGCAAGGGCGUGGAGGUGGAAGGGUACGCCGUCGAGGGGAUCUCGGUGGGCGGGCACGAGACCUGCGUCACCGUGCCGUCGCUGAACGUCGCGUUCGACAUCGGCCGCGGGCCGCAGUUCGCCGUCAGCCAGGACUAUCUCUUCAUCACCCACGCCCACCUCGACCACAUCGGUGGUCUUCCAAUGUACAUAGCGACCCGUGGCCUCUACAACUUGAAGCCUCCUACUGUAUUUGUACCACCCUGCAUCAAGGAUGAUGUUGAGGAUCUGCUUCAAGUCCAUCGUAGGAUGAGUCAAAUUGAGCUGAAAGUUGAAUUAGUUGCACUUGAUUUGGGAGAGACAUAUGAAAUACGUAAUGAUCUUGUUGCCAGGCCAUUUCAGACAUACCACGCUAUACCUAGCCAGGGUUAUGUCAUCUACUCUAUUCGAAGAAAGUUGAAAAAACAGUAUGCUCAUUUGAAGGGUAGUCAAAUAAUGAAACUGAAGCAAUCAGGAACUGAGAUUACAGAUACGAUACUGUACCCAGAAGUUGCCUUCACAGGAGAUACAAAGUCUGAUUUUAUUCUUGACCCAAGAAAUGCAGAUGCCCUGAGAGCAAAGGUUCUCAUAACUGAGGCAACGUUCCUAGAUGACCAUGUUGAUGUUGAGCAUGCUAGGGAACAUGGCCACAUGCAUCUUUCUGAGAUAAUGGAGCAUUCCCAGUGGUUCAGGAACGAAACAAUCGUACUCACUCAUUUCUCAAAUCGAUAUAGUCUUGAGGAUAUUCAUCAGGCUGUUUCCAGGCUGCAACCUAAGCUAAAUUCAAAGAUUGUUGCUCUAACAGAAGGCUUCAAAUCUGAAUAUAGAUAAGUGUAUUGGAGUACUCGUCAGGAUCUCUGCGCGCUGGGAUGAUGAAGACAUCAGAUUCGUCAGGCAAUCUGAAGCUAACCCUCCUGACAACACUGUUUUGGCUCCUCAGGGACAUUCGAUCAAUGGAGAAGCUCUCCCUGACAUUUGGAGAGUUGUUCUCAUAAGAGCACUCCAUGUUAAGUGGGCAGACCUUUGUUGGAGAAUGCCUCCGAGGAGACGGUGCCCCAAGUGCGUCGCCUUCGAUGCUCUGUGGAGAAUACAGGAUGUCUUCAAGAGUGUCUUGCCUUGCUUCUGCCCUGCUACUGGCUGUGCUGCUCUCACAGCGACGCGGCUUUCCUUCCAGGCAUCUGGGCUUCAUCCUGUCCAGAAUGGAUUUCACAUAGCAAGAACCACAGCUCUGUGAGCCCAUCCUUUCCUUGUAUCGUGAAUGCUAGAUGAAUCUGUAUGCCUUGAGCGUUCGUGGCAGUGUGCUCUCAUGAAUACAUUUAUAGAUAGGGCAUGUGCAUUUGCUUAGUACCUUAAGCAUUGGAAAAGAAGUAACUUAAUUAUCGUAGACUUGAUCAUGACAAACCUUGUUCAUGUCAAAACCAGGACAAACCAUGAUGAUUAGAGCAAAGAAUUAGGAAAGAGACAGAGGUCACUUGGUUUGGAUUGGCUUCAGCAAGGCUAUCAAUUUUUAAAGUGAAAAAUUAAAAGACAGUUCUGGUGGUGUUAUGGGAUUCAUUGUUUGCUUCC